AUGCCGGUGGACGGCGCCAAAGGAUGUAUAAGGGCGUUCACACAGUCGAAACGUCAAUAUCCGCAGCUCAAGAUAAUUCUCUCCAUCGGAGGAGGAGGGGCGGGGAGUGAGAAUUUCGCAGGAGUUGCAGCUGACCCAAUAUUAACGGCAAACUUCGUGGAGACUGCAAAGGGCCUGGUGGAUAAAUUCAAUCUCGAUGGACUUGACAUCGAUUGGGAACACCCAACCGACGCUCAACAGGGGGCAAAUUACAUAUCUUUGCUCUCUGCACUUCGAGACCAACUACCCUCGCCCCAAUAUAUCCUCUCUUCCGCACUUCCAGCCGGCCAGUGGGCCUUACAACACAUCAACCUGACCCUCGCACAAUAUUACCUUGACGUAAUAAAUAUAAUGACAUACGACUUCUCUGGCCCCUGGGUACCUCAGUGUGGUCACCAAUCUCAGCUCUUCACACCCGAACAACCACAUAACGAUGCCGCUCACCUAUCAUGCAACUCGGCCAUCGCAUAUCUGCUCGCACAGGGCGUACCUUCGCAUAAGAUAUUAAUGGGCGUACCGGUCUACGGCCGUGGGUUCCCUGGUACAAAUAGCGUUGGACAGUAUUCAUGUCUCCAGCCAGAUGAAGCAGGGGGCCUGGACGCUUCUAAACCUAACGACGACGGUGGUGGUGUGAACGAAAAGGAAGUAGUAUUUGACUACUGCGAUCUCCCUGUAUCGGGUUCGAUAGAACAGCACGAUACUGAAGUUGGCAACGCAGCAUUCUGCGUCGACAACGAGCAGAACGCAGGGUUUAUAUCAUAUGACUCGCCGCAGAGCGUUAAGCUAAAGGCACAGUUUGUAAAGCAAAUGGGCCUGGCAGGGUUAUUUUAUUGGCAUAUCGCUGCAGAUUCCACCACUGCGGCAAGAAGCCUUAUUGCAACAGGGUAUAACACCAUGCAUGACCUUUGA